AUGACGGAUAGAUCGAGUUCAUCUAAAGAGUCUGUUAGCACAAGUGUUACUGGUUUGAGUUCUACGGGCAAAGUUCGAAAAGAUCGACGCAGGAAAGAUCAACGCCAAACCAGAAGCGGAAGGAAGGUUGCGGAUUAUCACGAAUCAACUUCUGAAUAUUCGGAAGAGGAGGAAAGUUAUCUCAUUCAGGAUGAAAAGGAUAUAGGCGAUUAUACUAUAAAAGUUCCUUCAUCUGUAGCUCGAGAAAAGAGACCAAUGAAUGCUUGUGUCGUCAAGAAUUUAAGAUCAGACAUGAUAAGAAUAUACACAUACUAUAUUUACCGAAUUUCUGCUAAAACUUUCAAU